AUGACGGACGCCCUUGGCGCUUCCGUCGCUUUCUCAGCAGCUUUUUCUCCUUCCUCGCCCGCUGUGCUGGACGGGUUGCAUCACACGCCGUCCUUCUUGCUUCCUACGGAGGCAAAAGCUGCUCCAGAGGCAGCAGCAGCAGCGUCGUGGAAUGAGGGGCUUUGCAGCCAUAGGAACUUAGACGAGUGGGGGGAGUGGAUUGCAGCUGACGCAGAUCUCGCAGAAGGCGUGGCAGCAGAAGCUGCUGCCGCAGACUCCGCUGCUCGAGACGAAGAGAACGCAGAAGCAGUGAAGGCAGCGGCCCUUCAGGCACACAGCGGCCCCACCGCAGCAGCGGAGGCAAGUGCUGCUCAAGACGUGACACUGGCAGCAGCUCUUGAGCCACCGCGCUCGCUGCAUGCACUGGACGCAUCGCAGACGUCGCCAGUGCAUGCAGCGUUCACGCAAGCAUACAACUCUCCAACGGCUGCUGCCUUGCAUGCCUCAAGCAGCAAGGGUCAUGAGGACGAAGGCGCAGCAGGGGUGGCCACUUUAGAGGCAGCAACCGCAGCAGCGGGAACGCGCUACUUCGACAAAAGUUUGACAAAGGAGCUCCUAAUCGAGGAAGCGAGCACUUUUCUUGUGGAGGGCAGCAACAGCAGCAACAGCGAGGACAGCCCGGCAGCAGCGCAGGCAGCACUUGCCACGGCGGAAGAAGAGUUGCAACGGGCAUCCGCCGCUGCAUCCGCUGCUGUUAUCACUGCGAGCAGAGGUGUCGCACAACAACGUCUUGCUGCCAAGGCAGCUGCAGCAGCGGAGAUGGACGCUAUAGCAGCAGAAGACGAAGCUGCAGCAGAAACAUCAGAAGGAGAAAUAGCCGCAGCAUCUGCAGAGAUGAUAGCAAUUACAGCAGGGGAUUUGCCUCGAAUCUCAGCAUCAGCAGCAGCAGCAGAAACGUCUGCUGCCCAGUCCGCAGCCGUUCCCUUAGCAGCGCAUUUUGCAACAGCAGAGGCGACUGCAGAGGCUGUGGUGUGGCAGUCUGAGGCGGAUACCAUGCUUGGAGCUUAUGAUGUAGCUGCAAGGAAAGGAACAGGGGUGUCAGCAGGAGAUUUAGCUGCAGCUUUUCGACCAUCAGCAGCGUCGGCGAUCUUCGAAGAGGGGGAGGCUGCGCCCUUGGCAACGGAAGCUUUCGCGAAAGCAGCUACGCCGAGUAUAGCAGAAGGAGCGGCGCUGCAAGACAGCUACACGGCUGUCAACCCUGUUGAUGAGCGACUUGCUGAGGGCUCUUCCGUCUCAGCAGCAGCGAAAGCAGCGGAAGUGGAUAUUCCUAGCGCCGGAAGAAUAUCCCCGUCCACGCGAAGCUCACGAGCGAUAAAUGAUAGGCAAGACGAGGAGUGCAUGCAGCAGCAGCGGCAGCUGCAGCUGCACACACCGACGCUUGAAGGCAGCGUGGAGCAGCGCGAGACGCAACAACCCCCGCAGGGGUGUGAGACGGAGGAUCUGUUGGAGGGAGACGGCCUUGUUUCCGUGAAUGGCGGAACGCAAAGCAGUCUCUCCCGCAGCAGCAGUAUCCUUGAGCACCGCGACGACGGCAAAAGUCAGCAGCAGCAGCAGCAACGGCAGCAGCAGAUGCAGCAGCAGCAGAUGCAGCAGCAGCAGAUGCAGCAGCACGUCUGCCUUUUGGAGUGCCCUCAGCAACGCUGUGCAGAUGUCGUCGUUGCAGCAGGAGCAGGAGCAGCAGCAACAGCAGCAGAGGCGGGAGUGUGCUCUGCAGCAGUUCGGGGUAAAUGCGCAGCACAUGGAGGGGCAGCAAAAAACGCAAGAAAAACAGCCAUCCCCGCCGAAGCAGCAGCAACAGAGACGGGAGCGUCGACAGCAGCCGCAGUCUCAGGAGAAAGGAGACGUUCCCCCGAGCGAAGGCGAGAAAAGGAUGACUCUGCAAGAAUGCUGGCUAACACGCUGCACGCAAUCCAGACUUCGAGCAGCGCGGCGGCAGCAGCCGCCGCGGAAGCGAUGCGGCCUCUAUGCUGGCAGUAA